AUGAGCACAAACACCUCCAUGGUGGCUGAGUUCAUCCUUGUUGGCUUCUCCCACCUGGUCAACCUCCAGGGCUUGCUCUUCUCUGUCUUCCUCACCAUCUACCUGCUCACCGUGGCAGGCAACCUCCUCAUAGUGGUGCUGGUCUCCACAGAUGCUGCUCUCCAGACCCCCAUUUACUUCUUCCUUCGAAUGCUCUCAGCACUGGAGAUCGGCUACACAUCUGUUACUGUGCCCCUGUUGCUUCACCACCUGCUCACAGGCCGGCGCCACAUCCCUCACUCUGGCUGUGCUCUCCAGAUGUUCUUCCUUUUCUUUGGUGCCACAGAGUGUUGUCUCCUGGCAGCCAUGGCCUAUGACCGCUAUGCAGCCAUCUGCAAACCUCUUCAUUACCCACUUUUGCUGAGCCACCGGGUGUGCCUACAGCUAGCGGGAAUGUCGUGGGCCUGUGGAGCGAUGGUGGGCCUGGGCCACACCGCCUUCAUCUUCUCCUUGCUCUUUUGUGGCCCCAAUGCCAUUCCACACUUCUUCUGUGAGAUCCAGCCUAUCCUGCAGCUGGUGUGUGGAGACACCUCACUCAACGAGCUUCAGAUUAGCCUGGCUGCUGCCCUCAUCAUCCUUUGCCCCUUCGGCCUCAUCCUGGGCUCCUACGGGCAUAUCCUGGCUACAAUCUUCCGGAUGUCGUCUGCUGCUGGCCGCAGCAAGGCCUUCUCCACCUGCUCCUCCCACCUGGUUGUGGUCUCCCUCUUCUAUGGCACUGCCAUCUUCAUCUACAUCCGCCCUGAAGCCAGCUAUGAUCCAGCCACGGACCCUCUGCUGUCCCUCUUCUAUGCUGUGGUCACCCCCAUCCUUAAUCCCAUCAUCUAUAGUCUGCGGAACACCGAUGUCAAGGCUGCCCUAAGGAGAACCCUCCAGAAAAUGAGGCCUGCAAACACUUGA